UCGAUAUCGAAACAGCUGUUCAUCUGCAGAGUAACAAAACUUUAUAUUAUAAUAAAAUAAUAUACUAACUCUAAUAUUAGUAGGAGGUGAUUAGGAUUUUGUGACAAGAUGUUUCUUAAAUUUGCGGUCAUCCUUGCCGUGCUUCUCGUCAGCUGUUGGGCGGAGGCUGAGGACACGUCGGUGUUACCAGAAGGCUUUGUAGACGCCGCUCAGCGCUCCACGCACACGAACAACUGGGCGGUGUUGGUGGACGCCUCGAGAUUCUGGUUUAACUACCGGCAUGUAGCCAACGUGCUGUCCAUCUAUCGUUCAGUAAAGAGACUAGGUAUUCCCGACUCUCAGAUCAUUUUGAUGAUCGCUGACGACAUGGCCUGCAACGCCCGGAACCCACGCCCUGGCCAAGUCUACAAUAAUGCCAAUCAGCACAUAAAUGUCUAUGGGGAUGAUGUGGAGGUAGAUUACCGGGGAUACGAGGUCACUGUGGAGAACUUUGUGCGAUUGUUGACUGGGCGUACACAGAACGGAACUGCACGGUCCAAGAAGCUGCUUUCCGAUGCCGGCAGCAAUGUACUUAUCUACCUCACCGGUCACGGCGGCGAUGGAUUCCUCAAGUUCCAGGAUUCGGAAGAGAUCACAAGCCAGGAGCUUGCCGAUGGCAUACAGCAGAUGUGGGAAAAGAAGCGGUACAAUGAACUGUUCUUCAUGGUGGAUACUUGCCAAGCAGCAUCGUUGUAUGAGAAGUUCACCUCACCAAAUGUCCUUGCAGUGGCUAGUAGUUUAGUGGGCGAGGAUUCCUUAUCGCACCACGUGGAUCCCUCGAUCGGCGUCUACAUGAUCGAUCGUUACACAUACUACGCUUUGGAAUUCUUGGAGAAGGUGCAACCUUUCAGCAAGCGGACAAUUGGGGAAUUUUUGCAAGUUUGCCCCAAACGAGUGUGCAUUUCGACAGUGGGAGUGCGCAAGGAUCUGUACCGCCGAGAUCCGCACAAGGUGCCCAUCACAGACUUCUUCGGAGCCAUACGACCCACUCAGGUUUCGACGGAUCGCAUCAACGUGACCCUGGCCAACGAAGACGAUUUCAUUGUCGACAAAGACGAGAUGGUAGCCAAAAAGCCCUUUAAGAUCGUGAUGGAGUCACAGUUUCCGUCCGAGCUUUUUAAAUAGACUGGUCGCGUUUAAAUGAUUCAUGUGAUAAUAUUAAUUUUAUUCGUAAAUACAUCAUUUCAUUAUUAAUACAUGUGUAAUUUAUUAAAUUUA